UCACACGGUCCCGGCACCAAUCGUGAACCGAAGGGCGUGGCCUGACGUCGACCUGCUCCGCCCAUUGGCCGGUCUGCGGACUUCUCACAGACAGUUGUAUGUUUCAUAAAGAUGCACUCUGAUGCUGCCAAUUUUCAUCUGAAUUCUCACUUGACUACACUGGCCAACAUCCAUAAGAUCCACCACACGUUGCACAGGCUGAACCUCACAGAAGACGUUGGACAGCAGAGCCACACGUCAGCUUGUUGCUCCAGAACCAUGCCCCCGAGGAAAAAGAGGAGACCAACUGCCGGAGAUGACAUGUCAGCGAAGAAGAGUCGCCAGGACAGAAAACUUGACUCGGCACUCAUUCGCGAGGAGGAAACCUUUUCCAACAAGAGAUGCUUGGAGUGGUUCUACGAGUAUGCGGGCUGUGAUGACGUGGUGGGACCUGAGGGCAUGGAGAAGUUCUGUGAAGACAUAGGAGUGGAACCCGAGAAUGUGGUGAUGCUGGUGCUGGCGUGGAAGCUGGACGCUCAGAGCAUGGGCUACUUCACGCUGCAGGAGUGGCUGAGGGGCAUGGGGUCGCUGCAGUGCGACUCGACCGAAAGGCUGAGGAACUCGCUGGACUUCCUGAGGUCUGUCCUCAAUGACAGCACCACCUUUAAGCUCAUUUACAGAUACGCCUUUGACUUUGCCAGGGAGAAGGAUCAGAGGAGUUUGGAUUUGAACACAGCCAAGUGUAUGCUUGGGCUUCUGUUGGGAAAGACGUGGCCCCUCUUUCCGGUCUUUAAUCAAUUUCUCGAGCAAUCCAAGUAUAAAGUGGUCAACAAAGACCAGUGGUGCAACGUGUUGGAGUUCAGCCGGACAAUCAACUUGGACCUCAGCAACUACGACGAGGACGGAGCCUGGCCAGUCUUGUUGGAUGAGUUUGUGGAAUGGUACAAGGAAAGACAGAUGUCGUAGCUGCAACUGCAGCCAAAUUCAAAAGCGAAUAUAAAAAAAAAUAAAAAAUACUGUGACGACCGCAACGAUGGGAAAUCUACAACGUGAAAACAUAUAAACAAAAAAAAAACAGCCAUGGUUGGGGCAGGAGGGGUGGGGCCCGGGUGGGGGGGGGGUCGGCGAGUGGUGUGUUUACCAAAUCCGGUUAAGGCUGGUGGGCUAACCGCGUUUAGCCGGCUCCCCCUUUACCACUUGGAUCGAGUGGGAGAAACCAAUGGGGUCAGUCUUAAAGGUGAGCACAUUUAGAUAAUGGCAGGUUUCUGCUGCCUGUGCUGUUUACUUGAUUAGUGCCAGUUCAAUUUUUUUUUUGGGGGGGGGGUGAUAUCAUUUUUUAUUUUUAUUUUUUAAGCACCAAACAAAACCGCAUUGCUGCUAAUUCCAUUCGGGCGGGCCAGUGACCGCCCCCUCCCACCACUCUCAGCGUUUUUAUUGGCCCCCUUCCCAGGCCAAUGGACGCAUCCACUUAGCUGUGCCUCGAACUUUGCCACACACACACACACCAUGACGACAGAUGUACACACGCGUAAAGGUUCGGCGCCCGUUCGCCGUCACGCCCGCUAUCCCGGUUUUGUCUCCCGCGCGUGGCUCGGUCUUCCUUUUUAAGUCCCGAUAGUUUUCAGGUAGCAUCCUCACCCGCAUCACACCACCCCAAGAGUGUUUGGACCGAGCAUUUCUAGCGCCACCUACGGGAACGUGGGAGAGGUUGGAACUGUAUUAGCGCUCUGCUGGUUUUUUCUUUUUUUGUCACGUACACAUUUCUGUCUUUUUGGCUGUGCUGUGACGCGGACUCGUCCAAAUUAUUUUUAAUAUUUGCAUGCAGCUCUCUCGACGGAGCCGUGUUUUUUUUUUUUUUUCUUUUUUUCUGUACAGGAAUUUGUGCAAAUGUUUUGUGCUUAGAUUAUUUGAUAUUCACCAUCACGUCGUUAUCGUUUUUGACUUCCUGACGGGAACUCAUGAUUGUGUUUAUCAUUAUUGUUAAGAUCUGGAGAAAAUGAAAAAAAAAAACAACAAAACAA